AAGAAGGGAGACAAACACAAAACAGUGAGGUAAAACCGGAACUAAAAUAAAAAUAGGCAUAUGAUCAGAACGAGACAAAUUUCCUGUUCUUACAGUCGGCCAUUUAUUUGUCAACCUUUCAUUCUGAUUAAGUAGAACUUUUUUUUUUUACGAUACCAGAGAGUCUCGCUGCUUUAAAUUGUCUUCAUUUGUUAGGGGUAAGAUUGAUAUAAUAAUUUGGAUUUUAAAUACCUGUUAUUAGAGCUACCUUCCCACUUAGACUUCUGGUUGCUGCUGCCAUUUUGAUGUGUCAUACGAUCAAGAGAAAGGAAAUUGUUGAAAAUCUUGACUGUUCCUAAUUAAUGAUUUGUGAAACAAUUAUGAUAGUAAUCUACACAUUGUGUAUCUUGAAUAAAAAUAAUAACUAAAUAUGUUAUUAAUAGUUCUACUGACAUUGAAUAGAUCCAGCAAUUGUGACUGGGUUCAGAGCUAGUUUCAGAUUCAUAUUUUUAUUAAUAAGAAUGUUACCCUGACCCUAGCCUUACCAAGUCCAAACCAGGUGAGAGAGAGAGGCCUUAUAACUUAUACUUGGAGUGCGGUGAUUCCAUCUGGAGCACAACACAAAAGUUAAAACAAAGAAAUUCACACCCCCAAUGGUGCCUUAGCCAGCAGAGCUUACCAUAUAUAGUAGGGAUUAGGUUUAGGCCUUCCACUAAACUAUUAAGAUUUAGAGAGGCAUGCAUUAUCAUUACUCUGGUUACAUGCAGAAAAAUUAUAAUUAUGAUGCUAAACGUCAUACUCAUAAAUUAAACAUUUUAUUUAGUCUAAGUCUAAACUUGAACUAAAUUUAAUUAUUAAAUUUAAUUAAGUUAGCCUAAAUUUUUAUAGGCUUGUAUUUGUAUUAAAAAUGGGUCUCCAAAAACUAAAAGGUUUUUUGUAACGAAGUGAUUAUAUGUCCAGCAACCGGGCGAAUAAAUUCUCAAGAUAUUCAUCCAUCUCAUGACAGUCGUAACAAAGUUACAUGAGAUAUUUGUCUGUCAGACCGCUAAUCAGAUAUAGUAUAGCAUUAUUUUUUAUCUUCCCUUAUUAUUUAAAGUGUUUUAAACUUACUAUUAACUUCAACUUAAUUUCACGUAACAUAUAUAAUUAACAAAUGGUUAAAAAGUGACAAUUCUAAAUAAAGCAUGCCGUGCCUGUCGGAUGAAUAGCUCCUAUACUUAUACCAUUUGUCCGGUCGCUGGACAUGUAGACACUGCCUUUUUAUAAAGGUGUACACUGUACAUAGUCACUGACUUAGUGGUAUGGGUUUUCCCAAGAGUUGGCUCAUUCUAAGCCCAGUGAUGUCACUUAGGGGAAUCCCAACACUUGACAGAAUGAAUAAACCAAUAGUAGGAUCUGAACGAUUAGUAUAAUAACAUCCCGAUUCUUUACUGAGCUUAAUUCAUGGCAUAAUCUUAAUCUGACAAUCAAUAUCAAUAGGUCUCCAGUUCAUAAUAAAUAUAUUGUGAUAAUUUCCCUUUGUUUUUAUUAAAAUUUAACUUACAAUGUUUAAAAGAAAUAAACUCAUCCUAGCUGGUAUCCCAGGGUGAACACUAGUGAAAAAUAUUUGUGCAUAUGGCUAAUUUGCUGUCUUAUGAUUGGUUCAAAAAAUAAGUACAAUUAUGCAAAUCAUUUCAUGGUAGGCCUACAUUUCAAGAUAAUAUUCUGGGAAGGGAGACCCUCCCUCCAGUUUCAAGACAAAAAUAAUAAAUUAUUUUCUUACUUUUAUAAAAAUAAAUACAGAGCUAAUAAUAAUAAUUGAGAUCUUUUGAAUACGGUAAUUGGUCUGGUUAACCUCCAUGGCCUAUAUAUCUUGGAAGACAUCGCCAGCCUUACCACUAAGUAUGUCCUAGAUAAGGUUUUUAUACUAGGUCUCAGCCUAAGAGCAUUAUGGACUGUACUCAUUUAGUUAAUAGUCUAAGUGAUUGUGUAGGACUAAAACAUCGUCCGAGGCAAUGUUAACAAGUUUAAAAAUUAUGCCUAAAUCCCUAACUCUGACAAAAUAAAAUAAGGGUGCAAACCAGUUUGACCUACAUGUACUAUUUAUUUAUUUCUUAAAUGUAUUUUAUUUUAAUGUCAUGAUUAUGUCUCUCUGGGGUACCGCGCUAAAUAAAACCUCUUACUCUUAUUAUUAUUAUAUUACUAGCCAGAGGGGAAGCAGUCAGUCUCAUGACUGACUAUAUAUAGUGGUAUAUGUAUAUUAUAUAUAUAUAUAUAUAUAUAUAUAUAUAUAUAUUGUGUGUGUGUAUAUAUAUAUAUGUAUAUAUAUAUAUAUGAGUAUAUAUGUUUAUAUAUGUGUAUUAUUAUAUAUGUGUGUGUGUGUAUAUANAUAUAUGUGUAUAUAUAUAUAUAUAUAUGUAUUUUUAUAUAUGUGUGUGUGUGUAUAUAUAUAUAUAUAUAUAUAUAUAUAUAUAUAUAUAUAUAUAUAUAUAUAUAAUAAGAUAUAUAUAUACAUAAUAAGAGAUAUAUAUAUAUAGAGGGGCAUCAUAACUACAUGAGAUAUCUUAUAUAGGCCCCUACUUCUAUAGCCUUGAGCAAGGGCUUUUAUCGAUAUAGCAUAGCUUUAACUUUUGAUUCAUGUUGUUAAGAUUCUUUUAUUAGAAUGAUAUGAAUGCGUAGUAAAAAUAUUUAAUCUUUUCAAAAACCACUAAAACUUUGCAUCUUGUAAAUAAAUUUAAUCUUGUUCUACUAACGAGCUAUACAGAAAUAUAUAUCAAUUUUAGGUGUAGAUGGGAAAAUAUAUGUCAGAAAAGUUAUUAAUUUUAAGAACAUGUAGACUAUAUGAUGACCCUCAAUAGAAUAUUGUGAUUAUAACAACAUUUAAGAAGAAUACAAAAUUAUUUUCUAUUGCAUACAUAUUUAAACAUGCUUUCAUGUUUUAUUAACUAAACCAGGUUGAGGAGCAGCUCUAUCAUAGGUACAGGUGGCGAAAUGGCUAUGAAAAGGAUUUCAAAGGUGAAUAUAAUUUUCCUUAUCAAAAUGAAGAUGAAAUUUGUGGGCUUUUUUUUUUUUUUUUUGGUGCAGAUGUGUUUAUAACUUAGUUAAACUAGGUUUUUUGUACUCAUUUCAUAGUUGUUUGUAUAUUUCAGAUAAUUUUUCAGUUUUUGUUAGUGGUUGUGUUCUGGUCUGAUUUUUUGGUUUUUUUUUUUUUUUUUUUGGUGCAGAUGUGUUUAUAACUUAGUUAAACUAGGUCUGUUGUACUCAUUUCAUAGUUGUAUGUAUAUUUCAGAUAAUUUUUCAGUUAUUGGUAGGGGUUGUGUUCUGGUCUGAAGUUGAUGUGGUCUUUAUAACAAACUUAAGUACAGUACAGUAUUAUAGUAUGAAAUGGGCUAGAUAAUAAUGUAAUCAUUACUAAGUCACAACACUGUUUCAUGCAAGCUGUGUGUUAGUGUUGAUAUAAAUCUGACAAGCAAGUUUUGAUAGCUUACUAUUAUACAUUGUGAUAUUUUAAUCUAAAUGGAGUUUCCCUGUAAUCAGUAACAUUUUACAUAGUCUCGGUUUGAGUACUGGUUAUUACAGCAGUACAAGUUUGAAAUUGAAUACAUUAUUGAUACAGCUGCAAGUGCUAUAAAUUUUUUAUGCUGAGAUAUAGCAGCAUCAUGAUCACUGUCUGGCUAAGACUUAACUAGGGCCAUUGCAAUAAAGUGUGCUCGUUGGAAUAUCUAGUUGUACCGGUAUUGAAUGUAAACUAGUUCAAAUUUUUUAAAAUUACUUACAAGUUUGAAUAUCUAGUUGUAUUGAAUGUAAACUAGUUCAAAUUUUUUUUUAAUUACUUGCAAGUUAUGUUCUUUUUUAUUUUAUUGAAAGUUAUUUUUAUUCAAUAGCUUUUUUUUCUUUUAAAUGUUUGAUUAAAGGAUUAUAAUUACAAUGUUUUAUUUAUUUCAGGAGUUAAUGGAUUUACAUAAAGACCCACCGACAAACUGCUCGGCUGGGCCUGUAGGAGAAGACAUAUUUCAUUGGCAAGCAACCAUCAUUGGCCCAGAAGACAGUCCUUAUGCUGGUGGAUGUUUCAAUCUCAACAUACACUUCCCAACAGAUUAUCCAUUCAAACCUCCAAAGGUGGCGUUCUCUACAAAAAUUUACCACCCCAAUAUCAAUAGCAAUGGUAGCAUAUGUUUGGACAUUUUGCGUGGCCAAUGGUCCCCUGCCCUCACUAUUUCAAAAGUCCUCUUAUCAAUCUGCUCGCUAUUAACGGAUCCCAACCCAGACGAUCCUUUAGUUCCAGAGAUUGCUCGCAUCUACAAGACAGAUAUUGCCAAAUACAAUGAAACUGCACGCGGCUGGACCCAGCGCUUUGCCAUGUGAUGUUAGCCCCCUUCUACCAACACCUCAGUCAGCUUUAUCAUUUAGGAUAACUUGUAAACUAACUCUAAUACAGAAGGCAGUUUUCUGUCUUUACACAAAUCAGACUGAAGAAAGGAAGGCACAGUUAUGAUGAUUAGUAUUGUUUGUUUCUCAAAUUUCAUCUUAUAGUAGGAUUUCCUUAAUUGUUUUUUUUAUUAAAUUUUUUUUUUUAAUUAACCAAAUUUUGUUUCUAUUUAAAUUUUACAAAAGAGAAAUCAAAACAAUGGAAAAUCUAAGCUGAAGUAUUGUCUUGUAAUAAUUUUAAAUUCCACUUUUAAUAAGUGUGAAAUAAUAUAUUUACAAGCAUACAGUUUUUUGUUGGUUUUUUUUAUACAUACCGGUAGUAAUUUCUGUACUUGUAAUUUAUUUUAGCAAAUAUGGAUAUUUUGUUAUCAGCUAAUUAGGAUUCUUUUUCUGAUAUGUCAAUACCGUGUCUUACUUAACAAUGUGGUAAACAGUAAAUAAUUUAAGUGCUUUAGCAAUCUCUUGUUGAUUCCCGGUACUGAACAAUAUGGCUGUAAAAAAGCAGUCACAUUUUGAAAAAAUUUUGCAUCAAUCUCUUCUGUUCUAUUUUCCUCAGACAUUCAUAUUAUGCAUUACGGUAAUAACAAAAAAAUUAACUGCAGUCAAUUGUUUAUUUUUUAUUAGGGUUUUGCCACAAUUAUGGUAAAACAUUUACACUACACUUGCAGGUUUUAUUCUUAAAAGGCGAGAUUAUUUUGCAUAGUUAUAUUGAAUAAUAAAUUUAUUGAUUAUUGCAGUUGAAGCAUUCAGAUUCAAAGUGCAAUAGAUAUGAAAAUUUUUGAUAAUUUUUAUUCUGUUCGAAAAAAUAUCAAGAUUAUGAUAUGGAUUUUUUGUAGGUUUAAAAAAAGGAGGGGAGAGAAAGUAGUUAGAUAAUUUAUGCUUCUUAGUGUGAAUUGAUUUCGUUACAUCUUUAUCAGACUGGUAUUCUAAAAGGUUUUUCUGUGGCCUAAUUUUGUUGACAACAUCACAGCAGGGAGGUAUACAUUUUAUUUAUAUUUUUUUAAAGCCUAAAUAAAGGUUCACACUUAGUGUUAAUAUUUUUUUUUCCCCAUAAACUUUAGCUGUUAUGUUUCCUCCUAUUUUCUUUUGUAUUUUUUUUUUUUUUAAAUAAUUUAAUCUAAAUUUCUUUAUGCUAUUUAAAUGCUUGUGUUAAAACUUUUAAGUUUCUUUGUCUGGUGGGGUUGUGUUUUGGUAUUGUUGAAGUCAUAUGUGUGUUUUGUUCAUUACACAAUAGAAUAACUAAACAUCCAUCGUGCGUGACAGUUGGUUUAUUUUUAAUUCAAAGUCAGUUAGGAGAUUUAAGCACUCGAUUUCGGAUUAGCCAUGUAAAAUAAUCUCCUUGCCUUUCCUAUCACAAUUGGCAUUAUUAGUCAGUUUCUUUUCUUUUUUUUUAAAACAAAUAUUUGUGGUUGAUAUACAAUUGAAUAGGCAUUUUACAAUUUUAAUGUGUGGUAAUGGUAAUAGCAUUAUUGCUUUUAGUGUUACUGCAAGCUGAAGGGAUGAGUGACAAGAGAAGCACUUACUAAACUGUAUCUAGGCUCGUGAUGAAAUCGAAGGCUAAUUCAAAAUUCUUAAGACCCAAGCUUGAGAUAGAUGCUUCUUUAUUAAUUUUUUAUUUGUAUUUAUACUUACAGAAAGCUUCAACCUCAUUUCAUAAGUUCCAUCCCUAAUGUUGUAUUAUUGAGUAUGAGAGAGAUGAGUUUUGUGUUGAAUUUUUGACAUUGGAAUACUUGUGAGAAAAAUAAACAUAAAAACCUGUAGAGAGUUGACUUAUUUUAUUUUAAUAUUACAGUUGCAGACUUAAGUCUUGUGCGAUUUUUAAAAGUAUCAAGAGUAAUAUCUUUAGAAUGCUUUUUUUUUCCUCCCUACCUUUGCUAUUACUCUUAUGGAGUUAACUCAUUGGAAAUAGCAGAGUGGAUGACAUUUCACAUUUAGCUGUUAAUAGUGUUAAUUUAAUUGUUUUUAAAUUUAUCUAAAUUUUCAGCAAAAUCAAAAUCCUAAGUCUAUAUUAUUUGAUUAA